CAGUACUAAUCAGACCAGAUUUUCUGUCUUUUCUUUUCCAAACGAUACCUGUAUGUUUCCGGUUGUGUAACGCAAAUGUAUCACUGGUUUGUUGAACAGGAAGUGACAGAAAGAAAGAAAGAAAGAAAAAAAAAAAAAAAACAGAAGAAACUGUUGUGUUAUGGCGUGGAGCUGGGAGGGAUGAUUACUGAGCAGCCAGUCAGCCCAUAAAUACACACCCCGUUACAGAGCGCAACACUAAAGCCAGUUCACCGGUAUGAAAGGAAGAGGAAAAAUCUGCCGUAAUUUCUGAUAGCUGGAACUUCUUUUGCCGUGAACUUUGAGUUGCUUCACUUUCUGGAAAAGCAGGUUUGCUUAUUGAAAUCCACUACUGUAUCCACCAUACUGCUGAAAAAGAUCCCUCUCCAUUGUAUGUUUUUGAGGGGCCAUGCAACCCCUGAAGAAGUACUUCACUGAAGGCCUAAUUCAGGUGGCCAUUGUCCUCAGUCUAGCUGGGAUGCAUGUAGAUGUGGAUCCUUACCUUCCUCCUCCACAUAACAUCAAUAUCCAAAGCCUAGAUUUGACACAGACCCAUUCCGGCAACCUCCAGAACUCCCCAGAAGGAUAUGGUCUCCACAUGAAGAGCCCAGAUGUGGCGGCCUUUGUCCCAAUUCCCAGGUUGUUGCACUGGGUUAGCUCUCUGCAGCACCUGCACAUUCCAACAGCACAGCUCGAGGCCUGGCUGGUCCACAGCGAGUCUGACAACAGCGGGAUGACUAUACCUAGCUUAACUGGUUCCUGGGAAGGUGGUGAUGAGCUGGUGGACACGGAGGACUCGGCAAGUUUGACUAUGAGGAUGGGAGGUGGAGGGAUUGGAGAAUUGGCACAUGACCCGGUUAUGGAUGAAGGAAGUUUGGGUGUGGGGACCACACUCUCAAGAAGUCAAAUGGAUAGUGAAGAUAUUAAAGAGGAAGCAGAUGCACUAUGGCAGCAAGACCCCAACCAAAAUGUCCGCUACGAUCAGUCACUUCAAGGACAAAAUCAAUACUUCAGCCUGCUUAAUGAAGAAGAUGAGGAUGAGUUCAUGAUGGACAGCUGGCGGCAUUCAAACCCAUUUCAUAACCCAGUGACCAGCAUACGAGGGGAUGUUCAGUUCACAGGUUUACAGGAGGAUAACUCAUUGUCUACUGAUGAAUGUCUGCAAUUACAGGAGGCUGGUUUCCCCUUAGGACAUGAUCAGUAUUUGGCAGAUCUUGAUCCAGUGAGAGCUGAUGAAGACCCACUGCAACACCACAGGUCUCUAUUCUCCCCUCUGUUACCUCAACAUGAGUCUGUGCUGGACUUAGAACAGCAAUGGCAAGAUGUUUUUGCUGUCUUGGGACCACAGGACAUGAGUGCAAAUGACUUACUGGACAGUUCUCACCUCAAUGAUGGGGGAAGAGAAAGAGAGACAGGAACUUUGGAGAAUCCCAUACAGCAAAAUCUAAGCCUUCAUCAACCUAUUUUUCCAAGAUCCAGCGAGAUAUCUUUUGCAACCAACGCAGCCAUCAGUGAAGACGGCUGCCUUUCUAACCAGAACGAUACUUCUUUGAAUGUUUCAAACUCCUCUAAUGUCGAUUUGAAUUUUAAUGACCCUGACAUCAUAGACUUUCUCCUUUCUACUACACCUGACCGCUCAAACGUCAGUAUACCUAUCUUCUCUAUGGAGGAACCAAGCCAGUCAAGUCUUUUUGGUCCUCUAUUGAAAGAAUCCAUGCUUGAUGAGAACAGUACGCUGGAUCUGACAUUGGAGAACAGAUCUGGCCAGUCAGAGGUAUUCCAAAAAGUGGAACAGACAGACUCUGACUCUGGACUCUCUCUGGACUACAGCCAAAGUCCCGUUUCCCCAAGUAGAUCUGAAUCCUCAUCGUCCUCCAGCUCGUCAUCAUCGAUGUCAUCGAUGUACUCCAUUUCUGGGGAAGGGGCUGUAGGAUACACCCACAUCAAAGAGGAGCCGAUGGAUGAAGAAGGAGCUGUUGGAGGUUAUACCCCAGAACAAAACAAUAUGUACUACACACAUUACCUGCAAUCCCAAUAUUCACCCUGGCUUGAUCAUAUAGGCCAUGAUCACACCUACAACCAACCCCAAUGUACCAACCAAAGAAAGCCUCCCAAAGAGCACUCAGAAGAACCUCUGGAAUAUAAACUCCAAGAGGAGAUAUCUACCAGGGAUGAGAAGCGAGCACGUUCCAUGAGGAUUCCAUUUUCAACUGACCACAUUAUUAACUUGCCUGUUGAAGAGUUCAAUGAGCUUCUUGCCAAGCACCGCUUAAAUGAGGCUCAACUAGCACUUAUUAGAGACAUUCGCCGCAGAGGCAAGAACAAAGUCGCUGCGCAAAACUGUCGUCGCAGGAAACUGGAUAUCUUGGAGGAUUUGGAAUGUACUGUUGAUAGUCUGCGGCGUCACCGUGCAAGACUGCUCAGGGAGAAAUCGGAAGUUCUGCGUUCAGUUAGAGACUUGAAACGACGCCUUAACGACCUCUAUCAAGAGGUGAGGAGUAGACUCAGGGAGGUGGAAAGGAUUCCUUGCUCAGCCACGGAUUUUACUCUGCAACUGGGCAACGACAACCAUGUUUCAAAACCCAGACGGAAGUCUGGCAAGAAGCAGAAAGACAAGGAGUGAGCCUGCAAGCCAGACGUUGCAAGAUUCAAUGGAGAGAUCAGCAUAGAAAUGACCUAACCAUUCUUUUUGCAGUGGAGUUGACUUCUGCUGUAAUUUAGUGGCUAAAAAUACAUCCACUUGCAGUUAUGUGAAAUAGUGGAUGGAUGAAGGUGUGCAGUUGAGAAGGAAGCAAAGCAUACAAUACACAUCUGCAAAAUGUGUAUCAGUAAAGCAGUGUUUGUAUUUGAUCACAAACCUCCAUGACAAUGGAGAAAUUACUGGCAGUCAUGACACUGGGUCCUUCCUAAAACAGUAGGGUCUGAGCACCUCAAGUGGGUCUGUGAUUUUUAUUUUAUUUAAUUUUUUUUUAACCUUUUCUUACAAUGGAGAUCAAUCGUUUAUCAAAAUUAUAUUUAUUGAGUUCUUCCUGCUAGUUGCUUAUUAGAGCUGUCCCUUUAAUUCAGUAAAUUUAACCCAAAUCUCAAUAAAACAAAAAUAAAUAUAAAUAAUGGCACCCUGAAUCUAUGUUCUACCAGGGGGAAGUUCAGGAAUAAAGCUCUGUCUACAAUAAAUAGCUAACAUUUCUGUACAUAUGAAUACUGAGCGCAUUAUUACAGUGAUGCUCAGACAAUACAGCUGUGCAAGGUCUGUGAAAUUUAUUUUGCUGUUAAAGAGGUCCCUGGUUGCAAAAGGUUUGAGAACCAUCCAUUUUCUGAGUUAUGAGAACAGUAAGAACUGUAAAGCAAGGUGCUAUACUAGACAUUUGGAAUAAACAAGUAAAAAGUCUUUGAUUCCAGAGUAAAUCUAUCCUUGCACCCCCAAGAACUACUAUAGUUGUCUACACCAUUGUAGACGACACAAGCAAUUCUGAUAUGAUGUGGAUCAAAAGCCUCAAAACUGCAUAACACUCAUGGACUGUAAAAACAUUACUGCGUUAGGUCUAGCUCAAGUGUUGUUCAAAUGCUGUUAGCUGUAGAACCUGUUUGAAUCACAAAACAUAUUUAAUAAUGAUGCUGGUUAGGCACCACGUUUAGGCAUUAUUCUAUUCUGUACGAGUCAGAGACUGUAAUAUUUUAUUCCUCCCAAGUUUUGCAAAUGCCAUAUAAUGUUUUCCUACUUUUUUUGUUGGUUCAUGAUGACAAGCUGGUCUUGUUUUGUGUUUGAUUAAAGAGAUUAAAUACCAUAUAUCUAGUGGUGCAGCUUAUUCUUUAAAACAGUCUGUUUAGCAUGUUGUAAAAAGAAAAUAUGAAGCUGCAAAAUUACCUCCUGUAGACACCACUCUUAAUAAAAAGGAUUUAUUUAAAAAGGAAAAGAAACCAAAAGAUGGCAAGUGUGUUGACAUGUAAAACAUCUAAAAGGGGGAAAAUACAGACGAAUUUACAAUAACAGUGAAUGAAAGGACACUGAACGGGAACGUUUUAAAAGUAAAGAAAAAAACAACUCAUAACACUAAUAUUGAAUGUGCACUCUAGUCACUAACCGACUGAGACCGUAUGGCAUUUUUAACUAGUGGGAUGCUAUUCUGACUCUCGUUUCCCCUGAACACUGGAACCAAUUUUUAUAUUUUUUUUUAAGAUAAACACCAGUUUUUCAGAAGCUAAACUAUUAGUCUGAUCCACACGAGCCUCGGAUAAUCAUGCAGUUAAAUCAGUAUGGUUCUGUUUUAACAAGCAUAGUACAUGUUCCAUUACAGUGGACAAGUUGAUCACCUGCUUUCUCUCAGCAUUUUUAUACAGAUAUUAAGCCAUCCCACUGCAUCCAUCUAUUUAAAUGUAAAAUGGCCAGGUGCAAAAUCUCUAACCACUAAACAAAAACAAAAAAGCCACAUGAUUAGAUUAUAGGAAAAGUAGCUUCCAAAGCUAAGCGAGAGGUUGUAGAAGUCAAGGUAGUUUCAAUGUUGUCAUGUAUUGAUUUAAACAUAAUUAAAUUCCAUUGCAUCCUGAGCUACCAAACAGCCUUCUAAACAUGAUGUUUCAUUCAGUUAAUACAAUUCCCAGAGUACAGCACAUGCAGGAAUUGAAAAGCACACCCAGAGAAAUGAAUGUUUACUAUCUCCCAAUAAUCCCACUUCCCACCCAGAGCAAAUUUUUAAAACAUGAAUUCCAGGUCCCAUAUUAUUAAAUAAUGCUGCAGCCAUGCAGUAUUAUCCAUUUACACACUAUGGUAUGAAGCAACAUGCCUUCAUUUAGUAAUGGUGUUUAAAAGAAGAGGGGGAAUAAAUGCUACAGCAGUUAAACGCUGCUGACUGAGAAGAGGAAAGUGAAAGGCAACAGACCUGAAAAUCUGUUCUUUUUAACCUUACAAGGUAUUGGGCUUUUGGUUAAAAACAUUAUGUGGUAUUUACAUUCUCUGAAUGACUUGGCUACAUCUGUUUGAUACUGUUCAAUUCUUCUUGUUGCACAUACAGUAGCAAGAAUAACCAUAAGCACACCAAUCUCAUGGAGCAGCUGUUAUAUUGCUGAAUGCAGGAAGAUCAUAAACUUGCUGUAAUAUUAAGACUAAAUCUGAGCAUUUGACAAUCGGUAUUAAACAGCCCCUGAACAUAUAUUUAAAAAAAAAAAAAAAAUACUAUAAAUACCAACAAAUACUGGCCAUCCAUGUUAAAAAUACAGUAAAGGUGUUCAAUGUUACAUCAAAGUCCUCCAGAGACUCUUCAUUAUAUAAUGGGGGAAAUGAUAAGCCAGGGCUAUGUGAGGAGCUGGACAGAGAAAAGUGUUGUAUAGAAAAGUCUGUGAAUCUAAAUAUUAAAAUGAAAUUUAAAAAGGAAGAAUAUUACUGAAUUUUUUGUUUAUUGUUGCUUUAAAAAUACUGGUGUCUAUGCUUCACAUAAUCACAAUACAUCACAGCUGCAAAAGUGUACUCACAUAAAACCAUUUGAAACAAACACUGACUUAGGACCAUCUUGCAGCUUGGUAGACUACAUUUCCCAUAAUCCAACAAAAAAAAAAAAGAAAAAAGAAAGGAGAUGGAUCAAAUGGAGAAUUGUUUCUGCAGUUGCUAUACAGACUCUUUAAUAUUUAAACUCCAGAAAACCCCACCACUGUAUGUGUGUUCUACACAAUAUCCAAGUGUUCAAGAUUAAUGGCAAAAGUUAAAAAGUUUAAAAAAAAAAAAAAAAAAAGGAAAAGAAAA